CAGAAAUUAAUGGCCAUGAGUUCGUAUAUGGUGAACUCUAAGUACGUGGAUCCCAAAUUUCCUCCUUGCGAGGAAUAUUUGCAGAAUAGCUACCUAGGCGAGCAGGGGGGCGAGUACUACAGUGCCUCUCAGGGCUCUGAUUUCCAGCACCAGGGACUCUACCCACGGUCAAACUACAGCGAGCAGCCCUUUAGCUGUAGCAAUGCCCCGGGCUCUGCCGUGCAGCCGCGGGGUCACGGACAGGAGCAAUCCAGCCCGGCGAGCCACUUCCCCGGCCAAGCAGAGCAUUGUCCACCGCCUCCACUGUCCAACCCGCGAGCCUGCAGCCAGCAGCCGGCCCUCAAAGCCCCAAACGGGUCAGCAGUUAAGCAGCCAGCAGUAGUUUAUCCCUGGAUGAAGAAAGUCCAUGUUAACUCGGUGAAUCCAAAUUACAACGGAGGGGAACCUAAACGCUCCCGCACAGCUUACACCAGACAGCAAGUCCUAGAACUGGAAAAAGAAUUUCAUUUUAACAGGUACCUGACCAGGCGCCGCCGUAUCGAGAUAGCCCACACUUUGUGUCUCUCUGAGCGCCAGAUCAAGAUCUGGUUUCAGAACAGAAGAAUGAAGUGGAAAAAAGAUCACAAACUGCCCAACACGAAGGGCAGGUCUUCUUCCUCUGGUUCAAACCCCCAUUUACAGACUGGUUCCAAGGACCAUCAAACUGAUUUGACAACUUUGUAG